AGCCCUUAGGAUCUUUCCAGAGACUAAGUCCAGUUGUAAAAGAGACUUGAGUAGUGCAGCGGAAGUUGAAUGCGUCGCCAGUUGGCUCGCGCUGUAAGAUAGGUCAGGUCGGCAGGUUACUGCUGUGAAUAGUAGGCAGCCGAGCUUCUGCUGAUACUCCUGGAUUUGCUUCACGGGGAGUUUUGCGGAGGUGUCGUUGUUGUUCCUAUAGCGGUAGGGAGUCGUGACUGUAGUCGGUGUUAGUCCGAAUUUCUUCGCGACAACGCCUGCGUAUUUUCCAGCAUAUAGGUAGAACGUCGAGUUGUCUUCGACGACGUUCAGACCCAGGGACUGGGUCACGGUGUCAGACACCGUGAGUGUCAAGUCACUUCUCAGCUCCCCUUCGAGCCAGGUGGCGAUGUCGGUAGUGGAGCCGAUGUAGAGCAGGUCGUCGACGUAGACGAUGACUAGGAUAAAACCUCAUUCUUUCUGUAGUCGGUACAUGACUUGGUCGUGCGGCAGCUGUAGGAACCCGAUUCUGACGAGGCGGCCGUGAAGAUGCUGCUGCCAAAGCCGCGGAGCUUGCUUGAUCCCGUAGAGGGAUUUUAUCAGCUGGCAUACUUUUGCGAUGAAUCCGUGGGGCUGCUCGACGAAGAUCUCGGCGUCCACAGAGUCGUUGGCUCGCGCGGAGACGGCGGCGGCGGGUGCUGGACGGAGACCCAUAAGCCGAGUAUCUACAGUCCCGUGUUGUCACAGGAUCGAAUGUGUCGAGGAAAGGUUUGCUCAAUGUUGCACUAUCAAUCAGUACAAGGUGCUUUUAUACUUUCAUAGUACAUCAGAGACACUUGAGGUGAUGCCAUGCGAGUUCCGCGGAGUUUCCAUAGCUCCGAUACGUUCUGAUGCUUUGCUGUUCUUGUGGUGACAGGUUCCGCAGGAGAACUGUGUACGCCAGCAGCGACUGAUAAGUAAAUAUUUCUUGCUCCUCUGCAGUGCCAUUGUUUGGAAAUGGCAGGGACCCGUUGAAGUAUCCCAAGAGAGUCCUGCAGAAAACUAUUUCCCACUCAAUGCGCCACUUGCCGUUCCUGACCCAAACAAAGAUGACACCCGAUCGCCUCUUGUUCGCACUUUGAGCACACCUUAACCUAUUCCCGACGGACGGGACGCCGCCUUUUCCCGCUAUGGCCGCUCGUCCCGCUGUCGCCGCAGCAGCGGCAGCAGCAACAGCCCAGGCAACUGCAGAGCGCCUGGUAGAGCAGCUGCAGGGCCUGCUAUGGGAUUCCGCUCGCAGCGACGGCGCGACGGCGUCCGCAGCACGGUCGCUGGCUGCCGCCGUCACAGGGACUGUAAUUGCGGCGUGCGGCGUCGAGCCGCAGCAGCUGCUGUGCGCGCUCUUGGCGCUGGCGGAAGCGGAAGCGGGGAAGUCAAUCACAAGCAGAGAGGCGAGGGGGAUAGAGAAGGAAGGUGGAGAGGAGGAGAGGGGAGAAUUGGAGAAGGGCGGAACGAGGGAGUUUGAGGACGGGAGAGGGCUGACACGGGCCUUCAUUGCAUGCCAGCUGCUGCAGGGUCUGCCGGAAGCCCAACAGGAGGCCCACCUGCACAACCUCAUGUGCCGAUGCGUGCUACCAUCACUCCACCAGCAGCAGCAGCAGCAGCAGCGAUCACAGUCAGACAGCAGCAGCAGUGCGGUGGAGGGGCGUGAAAAGCAAGCCGUGCGUGCUGAAUCCGUCCAGGCGCUGAUGGAGUCAGCCGUGGCGUGUCUAGUCAAUGGCUCGCACUGGGACUUCGCCCUUCGCACCUUCCUCCCCGCCUGCCUCUCCCCCUUCCACCUACCGCACACACACCCUAUUGGUCUCACCCAUCUAGCACCCACAAGACCCGACCCUGCACCAAGUAGCUGCUCUCCUGAAGUUCCCUCUUUAUUCGAUGGCUCUGAGCUGCUUUCUCCAGAACACCUGGACGCUUUAGGCCAGCCCCUAGUCCCACUAUGUGCAUGCGGCCGAGCUCUUAGUCUCCCGCCGCCCCUUACCGCAUCUCUCCUCUCUCGCUUCCUCUCCUCCCUCUCCACCGUCGUCGCAGCACCGCCAACCCCAGCUCAGAGCCAUGCCACUGCCACAGACGAGAAUACUUCGUCUAUCCCACCUCCUCCAUUCAAGGACUCUAACAACUCCAAUGACUCUUAUGACUCUAAGGGUUCCAAUGAUUCCCAGUCAGCAUCGCCUCUACAAACCCUGCAGCAUGCUGUGAGGGCCACCCUGUCCGCAUCCCUCCCGUUCGUCCUCCUCUCCCCCUCAGCCUCCUCCUCCUCCAUCUCCUCCUCGCUCUCUGCCCUGCGUGCCACGGCUCUGGACCGCCUACUGCCCUCUGCUGUGGAUGCGCUGGUGCAGGUAGACUACCAGCAGCAGCUGGAUGAGCAGCAGCAGCAGCAGCAGCAGCAGCAGCAGCAGCUAGGGGUGGCUGGGGGAGAUAUGUGGCGUGAGUGGAGGGAAAGCAGGGAGCAGUGCGUGCUGGCCGUGUGGCACUCACUGCAGCAACUCAUCAGCCCUGCACAUUUCCCCUCUGCUGCUGCUGCUGCUUUUUCUUCAUCUGCGUUUUCUUCAUCUGCUACUGCUGGUACCUCCAAGCCUCCAACCAUCACAGAACCUUCAGUCAACACCACCACCUCCUCCUCCCCCUCCCCUUCCUCCCCCUCACCUCCGCUCCUGCCUCUCCCCCCGCCCCUGCUCUCCGAGGUCAUCAGCUUGCUGGUCCUCUUCAACCGCCUGCUCCUCCCCCCCAUCCUCCUCCCAUCCGCUCCAAUUCGCCCCGGCUCUCCCCUACCCCGCCCGUCCCCCCGCUUUGACCUGCGGCGCCAGCCGCUCCUCUGGGCGCUGCUCAGACUUGGCCUGGUCUGUAAAGACGGUCUCACCCACAAGCGCGCCUCCUUCCUCCUGCAAGCAGCCCUCCCCCCAUGUGAUCCCGUCCGCCUCGCAGCACAGCAGCUAAGGGACGCAAUAGAUGGGCCUGGACAGGGGGCAGAGGGACCAGGGGGGGCAGGCAGGGGAAAGGGGAAGGGGAAGGGGAAGGGGAAAGGAAGGGGGAAGGGGGGAAAGGGGAGCGGGAAGGGGGGGGAGAAGGCAAGGGGAAGGGCGGAUGGGGGGCAGAGCAUGAAACGGGAGCGGUGGGCGGAGGAGGAGGUGAUAGGGAUCAUCCAUGAUGGCAGGGGCGGUAGCGGGGCUGCUGGAGGGGGAGAGGGGGCUGAAGAUGACACAGAGCAGCAAUAUCAGCAGCAGCAGGCGGAGGAGGGGGUUGAAUGGGCAGAAGGAGCAGCAGGAGAAAGAAGAGAGCGUGGGGAGGAGAAGCAGUGGGAGGAGGAGGCGAGGGAGGUGGUUAGUGGGUUGGAGGAGGUGGUGAGGAGGAGUGGGCGGUGGGAGGCGCUGAGUCUGGUGCUCAACACACUGGACGAGUUCGGCGUGCACCUGUCAGAGGCCGUGUGGGACCCACAGAUGUCUUUCCUUCUCUCCUCCACCACUGCUGAUUCAAGCCCGUCGCCUGGCUCCGAUUUGCCAUCAAAGGACAACUGCUCAGGCUCCUACACUGCUCCCGCUGCUGCUCCCGCUGCUGCUCUCGCUGCUGCUCCCGCUGCUGCUCUCGCUGCUGCUCCCGCUGCUGUUCCCGCCGCUGCUCCUGCCGCAACCGGCACCGCCAGUGCUGCUGCUCCUGCUCCUGCAGUGGAUGCGGUUGCUUCUGUGUUCUCAUGGGGCGGUGCUAUACCCGAUGUAGACCUCUCCUUUAUCUGCAUUGCGUGGACCAGAGGCUUCGCCCACAACAACCCACAAGUUCGCCGGCUGGUCAUGUCAUCUUUCCUCCGCUGCUUCGGAUGCUCCAUGGACACUUCUCCUGCCGCACCUAAACACAUGCUAGAUGCAGAAGCGGAGGCAGAGGCACAUGCUGACACACAGCUGCCCAGUGCAGCAGCAGCAGCACAGAAACGAGGAGGAGAUACAGGGGGGGAUGGAGGGAAGCAGCAGCAGCAGCAGUGGGAUGUGGGGCGAUUGCCCCUGGAGUUCCUGCUAGAUGUCUUCCUGCCUGCUCUCGACAACCCCUCCUGCCAUCCAGAUUUUGGCAUCAGAGACCGAUACUCGUCCACGGUUGCCGAAGCAGCGGCGUGCAUCUUUGCCCAGCUCUCUGCUCCUCUCCCAGCAAGAGCACGCCUGCUCCUCCUCCAGCGCCUGCUGGCCACCAUGAUCGCCAUCAUGCCCGGCCGCAUAGGCCACAUGGUGUGCGCCAUGUGCGUCCACGCCACUGCCGCUCCCACCAGCUUCCUUUCUGCCAGACACAUGGCUCGAGAUGCAGGGAUUGGAGGGGGCGGGGAGGGGGCGACGGGGAAAAAGAGCAUGGAAGGGGAAGGAGAGGAGGGAUCUGCUGUUUGCAGGAUGGGUUAUUGGAGAGAUUUGAUUGGGCGGUUGGAGGAGGGAAGGACGGCGGAGGGAGAAGAGUUGGAGGUACAGCUGGCCCAGCUGUUCUGCCGAGUGCUGGAGAUGGCUAGGAGACACUUCAACCCUGCCUUCAGACUCAAAGUCUCAACGCACGUGUUUGCAGCGGUGACGGCAUCCGUUUCAGCCGCGCACCUCCCCACCCCUCUCCUGCUCCGUCUGCUCUGCAUCCUGCCCCACCAAGGACUACUCUCCACAGCAUCCGUGUGUUCAACCAUUGUGAGCUGGCUGCGUGAACCACAGCCAUCGAGCCACGCUCCCAGCAUUACCCCCACCCCCACCAGCACCACCAAUAGUGUUACCACCGCCACCAAUGCUGCCCUUUCUGCGAGUUCCUCUACAAGUGAAGUGGGUAAACCUGUGCGGACCGGCCUCCAGCCAGUUGCCAGCUGCCACCUGGCAGAACGGCUAAUCAUUGCACUGCGGCUGUUUGUCUCGGGAAAAGCUGCUGGGGAGGAAGAGCUGCUCCUGCAAUCGCGAGAAGACCUGGACGAGCGUGAAGGGCCGGGAGAAGAAGAAGAGUAUGGAGGGAGGGAAGGGGAGGAAAGGAAGGAGAGGCAAGAGGAGGGGAAGGAGAGUUCGUUAGAAGGAGAAGAGGGGAGAUAUGCUGCUCUAUCUACAUCGCCGUCGUCAUCGUUGGAAGUGAUAUCCGAUAAUGACCUGGCAUCAUGGCACGCUGCCUCUGCGCGGUGCUGUCUGGUGCUGCUAGCCGCCAUGCCUUCUCCUGACGUGCUUGCAGCAGCAGCGAAGGAUCUCCUGGGACUGUUCUCAGAUCUCCUAGCCUCUCAGAUGCCACCAGGUGGCAGGCAGAGGCUGCUCGUUCUGCUACAGGCGCUGCUGGAGCAGCAUGAUGUGGCAGAACGCUAUUGGAAGGGCUGUGUUAAAGCUGGUGACAAUAGCAGUGACAGCCGCACCAUCAGCAACAGCAGUAGUAGCAGCAGUGGCAUGAGUGGUGCAUGCGCAAAGCAGAUGAUGCUGGUUUCAAGAAACUCCUUGCUGGAGCUUCUUUAUCAGGCCAUGCCACUGUUGGCUGCCUUGGCCUCCCAGGAGCAGUUUCUCUUCUCCAGCGCAGAUCUACUGGCCUCUCUCGCCGGUUCCUCUGCGCCUCUACCGGCUGCGGUGCGGGGGAAGUUAGGAGGGCCCAGCCUGCGCCGCCUGCCUCUCACCACUGCCGCUGCCGUGCUGCGGGCGGUUAAUAUGGUUCGCUGCUUCGCAGCCUCUGCUAGAUGGGCGCACAUGCACAUGCAGACAGAGAGGGACAUGGAAGCACUGGAAGGAGGAGCAGGCGUGGAUCCCUUGGCAGGUGACCUGUCGUGGCUGCUGGGUGUAGAGGAGAGGCUUCGUGGCUGGGUGGCUGGCACUGUUGGGAGCGUGCUGGCUCUGUGCCACGAGAGGAAGUGGCCGCACGCUGAGGUGGAGGCCGAGCUCCUACUCGCCUGUUUGGAGCUCCUGCAGCCCGUGUGCCACCUGCUCGCAGUAGGCGCCACGGCAGCACUGCCAACACUGCAGCAGCGACAGCACACACAGACACUGCAGGAAAGCACAGGAGAGAGCGGAGAGUUGCAAGGGGAAGGCAGAGGGUCAGGAGGGGAAGGGCUGCUGUGGUUGUUGGAAGCAGUGGUGGCGGUGGCAGGGGCAGCCAGCAGGAGCGGGGGGGGCGUGGCUCGCAGCAGGAUGGCGCGGCUGCUGGAGCUCAAGUGGGACUGCUUGGACGGGCUGCUCUGCGCCUUGCUGCUUGAGAGCAGCUCUUUUGGCGGGGCGGUGUUGGGGUGCAGGGAGGAGAGGGAGAGGAUGGUUGCGCUGCAGCAGGCGCUGCUUGAGGAUGCUGCUGAUAGCCUUGAGGGUCUAGAGGAGCAGCAGUUCCUCCCUCUCUUCCGCGCCCUCCGCUCCCUCCUCUCCCUGCAUGUGCUCGAUACUUUCCACUCCGACCGCCAAAGAAUUGAGGUAGUAUGGCGGCUAGUUACAGCGGCAUGGAGGGCGGUGGAGGACGGGCAGAAGCGGCGAGUGGCGCCUGUAGCAGCGUUCCUCUCGGCUGUCUUCCACCCUGCCGUCUUCGCCCUGCGGUGCAUGCACUCCUUCGCCCUGCACUCCACUGAUGGUGGCAGUGAUAGUGGCCGUGACGCACCCAGAAAUGAUGAUAACGCUGGUGGUGAUAGCGAGGGUGAUGGUGAUGUUGAUGGUAGUGUCGAGAAUCUGGCUUCUUCUGGCAUUGAGCCUCCUCUGCAGUGGAUGGUGGCGCGCCUCAUGACACUGGCCGAGCGCAGUCCGCGCACGAUGCGGCUCUUCUCCAUGCACUUCACAUCGCUGCUCACCGCCUUCCCCCACGCCGCCUCCUGCUACCUCCCCACGCUCAAGGCUCUCACUCUGCAUGGCGCAGAAGCGGUCGAUGAGGAGUUGGACGGGGAGGUGGCAGAGAGUGCAGCAGCAUCGCUCGAGUACUGCCACCUGGCCAGGAGCCACGACCCGGAGCUUGCACAUGUGUUCACCAAUUCCGAGAUGUUUGCUCGAGUGUGUGUCGCCAUCAUGGCACACCACUUCGCAACACUCUACCUGCCACCUGUGCCUGCUGCUUCCGCCCCUUCUGCUUCAUCUGCUGCAUCUGCUACCUCGGCUCCUCAUGCCACGUCUUCUGACAAGCGUCACGCCAUCCGCAGCUGCCAGCGGCUUCUCAUGCUUCUCCUCGAAUCUGCGGUGACGGAUGUUGAGCUCUCCAAGGAGCUGUACAAGAAGCACAGUGCGAUUCACAGGAGGAAGGUUCGAGUGUGGCAGAUGCUCGCUCUGCUCUCCCCGUUCGUAUCCCAUGACAUGUUACCGGCUGUCACUGCGCUCUAUGCGAGGGCUGUAGAGCGCAACAACAUGCCAUCAGUGCGGCAGUACGUGGAGAUAUUCGGCGUGCUCCUGUUUCUGGGCUUCCCACACCUGGUGGAUGACCACCUCUUAAACCAUCUCCAGAACGCCAACCUCAAGACACAGGCCCAGGCAUCAUACGUGCUCAUUGCUGCAUGUCUCAUACUUCACACCAAGGACCCCUCCCUCCAGCUGCUACAGCUGCACCAGCUGCUGCCGGCAACCCUCCCCUACAUCACCAGCCACCACCACAACUUACGUACCUUCACCCAGGUGCUCCUGCACCGCGUUCUUAAGCAUUUCCCCCAGCUAACAGGCAGCAGCAAUGCUGACAGCGGCAUUACAGGGAGCAGUAAGGCAGGCAGCAGCGGGCAAGAGGAGUGUGUGUCAAAGGAUGGAGGGAGCAGUGAUCCAGAUGCAUCUGUGGUUCCUUCGUCCAGCAUUGUCAGCGGCAGCAAGGUGUUCGGGGCCAUCUGGACGUAUCUCAACACCAACACCGACUGCGCUCGAGUGCGGGUGGCCGUUGACCGUUACUUUGACACAUUUGACCCGGAAGCAGCAGCCACACCGCGGGGCAUGUUUCUGCGCUCCUUCUUCGACGGCCAGCAGGAGCACCCCGGCAGGCCAGCAGAGGAGGUGGCUGGGUCUCAUCCAUUUGAGUGUGCACCCACUGCUGUUCUGGACCGUGUGACAAGCUUCCUCAAUUUCGCUCGGGAGUCGCUACGAGCGUCUAUGGCAGCAGAUGCAGCAGUGCUGGGCCUUGGAGCCAGUGCAGCAGCGGCAGGGCCCAGAGGGGAUGGGGAAGAGGAAGCGGGAGGAGGAGGAGGCGGCGGUGGAGGAGGCACAGAAGACAGCAGUGGUGCGGGUGGGCCAGGAGGUGAGCAGAGAGCAGCAGCGGCAGCAGCUGCUGCAGGAGGGGGAGGGGUACGGGGGCAGGCGGACUUUCAGAGGAAGAAGCGGGUGCUGGAUGCAGGGCAGGGAGCGGCAGGGCAGCCACAGCAGCAGCACCAGCAGCAGCAGCAGAGGCAGGGACAGGAACCGCAAUCCACCCUUCUCCAAGCGCUGCGCAUGCGGUGGGAGUCGGAGCAGCGGCAGGGCGAGGAGGCGGAGGAGGAGGCGCUGCUGAGAGGGCACGUGGAGGGCAGGGAGGGGCUGCUGCAGGCGGCCACGGGCUCCCGGCAGGACAUCAUUGUGGUCGCGUCUCUCAUCGGCCGCAUCCCCAACCUCGCUGGGCUCGCCCGCACAUGCGAGGUGUUCAAGGCCAACCGCCUGGUCCUCCAGGACACAUCAGUGGUCAACGACAGGCAGUUCCAGCUCAUCAGUGUCACAGCGGAGAAGUGGGUUCCAAUAGAGGAGGUUCCGAUACAAGCACUGGCGAGCUAUUUGGAGCAGCGGCGGGCGCAGGGAUACACGCUGGUGGCUCUGGAGCAGACAGCAAACAGUGUGCCCAUCCAUACCUAUGAUUUCCCUGCCAAAACGGUGCUCUUGCUUGGUCGGGAGAAAGAGGGUGUGCCAGCGGAUCUUAUCCGCCUUUUGGAUGUGUGUGUGGAGAUUCCUCAGCUCGGCCUCAUCCGCUCCCUCAACGUCCAUGUCAGUGCUGCAAUUGCAACUUGGGAGUACACUAGGCGCCAUUUACCUUGAUUCCCCCAAAUUGAGCCAUCAAUGCCAGACUAUACGCUUUAAGGGUUGAAGUAGGGGUGUAGAUGGGAUAUCAUCUUCCUUAUUCAAGUUCACCUGGUAUACCUCACGUUCUAGCAUUGUUGCUAACCGAAAAUCGUAGCUGUAACGAAACUUGCGUCUCUGUCACACGCAUCGUAAAACUGCAGUGGAUC